ACGGUUGAUUGUUGAUUGUAUUUAUGAAGUAUUUCAAAUUAUUAUCUGUUCUAAAGUAGUUUUUCUCGUAGUUAUUUAUUACGUUUAUAUUGGUAUCGGCUGCAAUUCACGUUAGCAUUAUUGUUUCUGCAUUCUCUGCCGGUAAAUCGCGUCUAGAUUUUCAUUUUAUAUCGGAAAAACCAGUAAACAAUGAACCUGAAGAAUACAUAUAUGUACGUAUUUAUGUAUUUAUACAAGUGCGUGCAAAAUUAAUUAAUGAAAUGGUAUCGAUGUCCCUCAAUUUUUUGGUAGUCUUUCGGACUUUUUCUGAUGAUUUCUUGCCCUGGGAUUUAUUUAUUAAACCUAUCACGUACAACGGAAUAAAAUAAUAUAAAAUAAAUAUCUAAAAAGAUGUAGAAAUAUACAAUGACAUAAAAUUGUUCAUGACAUUUGACAUUGUACAUACUGCAUCAUACAGUCUGCCAGUAGUACAUGCUCAUGUAGCAGUGUUCUUUUUCCAUCUCCAUGGGAUAUGCACAUGUAUGCACAUGUAAAUUACCUCGAGAAAAUGUAGAAAUGCUUAACUUGGUAUCAUAAUUUUUGUGGUCUGACAAUUUAAUUCUGCGACAGACUUUUUCGAAAAAAAUGAUUCAAUGCAGGUGGUGUCAAUGUUCUAGAAGGACGGUUGUAAUGCUGAUCGCACUCAUUUCUGUUGUGCAUUUCAUAUUGGAAAGUGUGGCAGUGAUUCUUGUUGGCGAAGAACAUCGGACUAUGAUUUCGUCCACGGCACCAUAUUUUUACACUAUGGUAGCAGCUCAGAUUUUCACAAUAUUGGUAUCGAUUCUUUUGGGAAUUGGAGCAUAUUCACAAAUCUUCUGGUUUUGCAUUCCUUGGCUCUUUACUACUUUCCUGAAUCUCAUGUACCACUGCUACAUCCUAAUCGUCUUGCUCAUAAAAAUGAUGGUGCUGUUCGACAUGAUUCAACCUUUCAAAGGCAUUGUCAUCCAUUACCAAAAUAAGCAUGAAGGUCAAGAAGAAGAAGUCGAUGAAAAGUCAGAGGAUCAUGGAGAGGAACAGUCAGAGGACCAUCCACCGAGAAAGAGGAAAUGUUAAGUAAAAAAAACAUUUGUGUACACGAAAAAACUGUUAGUUGAUUAUCGGAACAUUACAAUUUAGUUUGAUGAAAUAAAUCGAUUGAGCCAAUGGACGCUCCUAAUUUGAGA